UUGUGGUCCAGUGCUUCAGCGAUCCAGUCCGUGAUAGCUGAUUAUCGAUUCGGGUCCUGUGAUUCAUAUUGCGUGGUUGGUGUUCAGAAUUCCGUGCGUAUUAUUACUACUACUACUAUCAUUACAAAUUGGCGUCGCGUGGUGGAGCUCCCAACGAUUGAACAAUUGAACCUGCAAGCAAGUCCAUCAGAGAUCGAGGAAUGGUUCGAACGGUUCGAGCUUUGGUGCAGCAUUCGCAAAGGUGAUACACAGAAUCAAUCAGCCCUAUUUUUUACUGCUGGCGGCCGUGACCUCUACGCCCUGUUGAGAAACCUGGCGUUCCCUGAGGCUCCAGCCAAACUACCAUAUGAGUCCCUGAAAUCGCUGCUGCUCAACCACCUGCUGCCCACUGAAUUCCAACCAUAUGAAAGGGCCAAGUUCAACUCCAUGAUUUCUGCCGAUCAUGCUUCUUGCCGUGAAUUCAUCCUGCAGCCGUACAAGCAAGCAUCACGCUGCAACUAUGGUGAUCCCCUGGAAGAACAAAUGUGUGACCGCUUGGUGGCUGGCAUCAAUAAUCUGACUCUUGAACGAAAGUUGCUGGAGAAGAAAGAUUUGACUUUUGCUGAUGCCCGCAGGAUCUUCACAUUAUUCCAACGGCAGAAGACUCCACCGAAUCGACCUCCAUUGCUCAAGUGUGUACCGAAGCCUCAACACGACUCUUCAGGCAACGAGAAACGCAUCAAUCCGUAUUUGUCAUGUGGGCUUACCAUGUGUGCUCCAAUUGCCGCUUUCGAAAUGCCAAGUGUCAUGCCUCUGGGAAAACCGGCCACAUUCGGAGACCCAUCCAUAUUUGGACUAACCGCCAUUCGUGAAUUGAACCACUGUGUGUCGCUCCAUACACACUCUAUGUCCAAUAUGCACACCCAUCUACAGCACUUGGUCGUGAAAUUUUCCAAUAACACGGGAGGUAUGAACACACAGCCGGCCAAACUGGAAGGUGACGGUGAACCCAUUUUCCUGAAACGACGUGUAAUUCCCUACGGCCAACGUGAUGNAGUCUUUGUAAGUUAUAUCCCAUAA